AUGGCUGAGACAGGGGCCACUAGCGUCACGCCAGACGAGCGUUGCGCCAUCGGUAUUACCUUCGGCAACUCGUACAGUUCUAUCGCAUGCACUGUUGACGACAACGCCGUUGUGAUUGCCAACGAGGAUGGUGACCGUCAAAUUCCCACCAUCCUCUCGUAUGUGGAUGGCGAAGAGUACACGGGCAACCAGGCCAAGGCUUUCCUUGUCCGCAACGCCAAUAACACCGUCACUUCCUUCAGAGACUUCUUGGGCCAAGAGUUUAAAUCUAUCGACCCGACUCACUGCCAUGCUGCUGCACACCCCAAAGAUGUAGACGGCGGCGUCUCCUUCACGAUUCAGGACAAUGUCGAAGGCGAGCCUUCUACCGUCUCCGUCUCCGAGAUCUCCACCCGAUACCUGCGACGUCUCAUCACGUCUGCUUCAGACUACCUUGGAAAGAAGGUCACAUCGGCAGUUUUGACCGUGCCCACCAACUUCAGCGAGAAGCAACGCGAAGCCCUGAUCAAGGCUACCACGGCUGCAGGCAUCGAAGUUCUGCAACUGAUUAACGAGCCCACUGCCGCCGUCUUGGCCUAUGAUGCCCGGCCAGAAGCCGUAGUCGAGGACAAGACGAUUGUGGUCGCUGACCUUGGUGGAAGCCGGUCUGACGUCGCCGUCGUUGCUUCAAGAGGAGGGCUGUACACGAUACUUGCCACUGCUCACGAUUACGAGUUCGGUGGUGCUUCUUUGGACAAGGUGCUGAUGGACCACUUUGCCAAGGAGUUCAUGAAGAAGAACAAGGAUGUCGAUCCCCGAGAGAACGCACGAAGCUUGGCCAAGCUGAAGGCCGAGUCAGAAGCUGCCAAGAAGGCCCUGAGCAUAGGAACCAACGCCUCGUUCAGUGUUGAGAGCUUAGCAGAGGGCAUCGACUUCCAGUCCACCAUCAACAGAUUAAGAUAUGAGACCAUUGCACGGAAAGUGUUCGAUGGCUUCAACCGCUUGGUUGAGGGCGUUAUCAAGAAGGCUGGUUUGGACGUUCUGGACAUUGACGAAGUCAUUCUCAGUGGUGGUACUGCGCACACGCCCAGAAUCGCAUCCAACUUCCGAUCGAUAUUCCCGGCGACUACCGCGAUCCAGGCCCCGUCUACCAACCCCAACGCUGUCAACCCUUCGGAACUUUUGGCUCGAGGCGCUGCCCUGCAGGCAUCGCUCAUUCAGGAGUAUGAGACCAAUGAUAUUGAGCAGUCGACACACCCUGCCGUCACUACUGUUCCUCACAUCACCAACGCUAUUGGCGUUGUCUCGUUAGGCGACGACGGUGAAGAUAUCUUCACCCCCGUCAUCGCCCCCGAGACCGCAGUCCCCGUUCGCCGGACCGUUCACGUCGCAACCCCCAAGGAGGGCGGUGAUGUAUUGGUGAAGAUUGUCGAGGGCAACACACACAUCAAGGUCACGAAGCCGGAGGCCAAGCCCAAGGAGAACGGGACCAAGGAUGACGAUGAGGAUGACAGCGAUGAUGAUGACUCAGAGGAGGAAGAAGAGGAGACCCGCGAGAAGGUUUGGAAAAUCGGUGCCACCCUCGGCGAAGCCGCAGUACGAGGCGUCAAGAAGGGCAGCAAGGUCGAAGUCACGAUUAAUGUUGCUGGAGAUCUGGGUGUCACUAUUACUUCUAGAGAGGUAGGUGGCAAGGGUGGCAUCCGAGGAGUUGUGAAGGCGCCAUAG